UCAGUAAGCCCAUGGUCCUCAAACUGAUGCAACGCUAUGGAACAAACUGACCAGAGAGAGUACCCAGGCUCUGACAGCCCACCCAAGUACACCUCGUCUCUGACGUAUGAUGGGGUGUUGGUGAUGGCCGAGGCCUUCAGGAACCUGCGUCGUCAGAAGAUAGACAUCUCCCGUAGAGGAAAUGCUGGAGACUGUCUGGCCAACCCAGCAGCUCCCUGGAACCAGGGCAUAGACAUGGAACGCACACUCAAACAGGUGCGUAUCCAGGGUCUGACAGGUAACAUCCAGUUUGACCACUACGGCCGCAGAGUCAACUACACCAUGGACAUGUUUGAACUGAAGAGCAACGGACCACAACGGAUUGGCUACUGGAAUGACAUUGACAAACUGGUUCUGGUCCAAAAUGAGGUGUUGUUGUCCAAUGACAGCACCAACUUGGAGAACAGGACAGUCGUCGUGACAACAAUCAUGGAAGGUCCGUAUGUGAUGCUGAAGAAGAACUGGGAGAUGUUUGAGGGGAAUGACCAGUUCGAGGGCUACUGCGUGGACUUGGCCUCAGAGAUC